AUGGAACAAGCCCUAAUUCCCACCUCUUCAUCACCACCGUACGAUCACGAUCACGAUCUUAGUGAUGAUCAUGAUCAUGAACCCGAUUUCUCACCGGUCGGAUCUCCGGAACUUGCUGAAUCUCACUUCCCCCGGCCGCCCGAUCCACCUCAGGCUUCUGUGCUAUCUGAUGAUCUUCGGAACAAGAUCAUCAAGCAGGCAAAAUAUUAUUUCAGCGAUGAAAAUCUGCCAAAUGACAAGUUUUUGAUGAAGUGUGUGACAAAAAAUGCUGAAGGGUUUGUUCCUGUUGGAGUUAUUGCUUCUUUUAGAAAGAUGAAGAAGCUCACAAGUGACAUAUCAUUGAUAGUGGCAGCCCUCAGUGAAUCCGAGCAUCUUGUAGUUAGUACCAAUGGGAAAAAGGUGAAGCGUCUUCAUCCUCUUCCUUUAGCUGAGGUCAAGGAUCCUAUGCUGUGCACUGUUUUGGUGGAGAAUUUGCCUGAGGAUCAUUCAGUAGAGAACCUUCAUCGAAUGUUUGGUGAAGCUGGAAACAUAAAGCAUAUUACCAUCCGUGACCCACAUGCUACAAGGGAGCCCAAAAAGUGCACAAUUGCAGAGAAGCUGCUGAGUGGGAAGUUACAUGCUCUUGUGGAGUAUGACACUGUGGAGGCUGCUGAGAAAGCUGUGGUCACUUUAAAUAAUGAACAAGAUUGGAGAUUCGGAUUGAGGGUCAAGCUGCUUAAGAAAACGAGCAAGCCUGGACAGAAGAAAAAAGUUUGGAGGGAAUCAGAGCCCGAGAAGAGUAACAACACUCAACUGUCUGAUGCAGUAGGGAAUGAGGAGAAUCUCUAUUCAAGUGAGCAUCAUGACGAUUCACAUGACGACGAGGACGUGGAGCAUUUCGCGAAGGAGAAAAAUGGGGCACAUUUACCUAAAGAGAAAGAUGGGAAUAAAGGUCGAAACAGAGGGCGUGGAAGGAGACAAAAACUUUACAGCACAAAUGAACAUGGCCAUGGAACACAUGCUUCAAGUCAUGGUAUUGAGCCUUCAAAGCCGCCUCCAGGCCCAAGAAUGCCUGAUGGCACCAGAGGAUUUACUUUGGGGAGAGGCCGGCCACUGGCUUCCAAUUGA